AUGAUGUGUAGAAGUGUUUUGGCUUGGGCUAAUUUAUACUGCGCAAGUAGACCUGUUACAGUAUUAUUUCUCCAGGCAUGUACACUACCACUGAAGAAUGACGAGGAAAAGUCAAUGACUAAACUGCAAGGUAAAUUGGAAAAGAAAAUACGUUCACUGUUCCGCAGGGAUGUGCAACCGAAUAAUUUGAGUUAUCCGAACAAAUAUAUGAGACCGGACUUUGAUCCUGAGGCAGAGCUAAAGGAUAUUGUCACAGAAAUGCCUACCUUUUUCUGGAACAAUGCUAUGGAACUAGCUAAGGAAAUGAAAGGUAGCUUUGGAAUAUACAAACCAAAGAUUCUUGAAGAUCUGGGAAGUCUCCGACAUGGUCAGUUCCGAAAAGAUAUUUCGUUCAAAACAUCAGAGUCAUUUAAAUUUUGGCGAUGUGGUGCUGAUUCAGACAGUAAUGAAGGAUUUUCAAAAUGUGAAUUUAUAGCCACUGAUCGAAAAACGGCAUUAUUCAGAGGUACCUUAAGCACAGAGCUAAUAAAGGAUGGACGAACUGAACGAGCAGGAUGGGCAGCUAUCAAAUUCGAAGAUAGGGGACCGUUUUUGAAGAAAAAAUAUUUCAGCAAAUGGUCAAAUUAUUCCCACUUCCUUAUAAAGUGCCGUGGUGAUGGGCGUACAUAUAAAAUUUCGUUGAAUUCACCGCUUUUAUUUGAUAUUACCUGGGGUGAUGCCCACAGUUAUUAUUUGCAUACUCAUGGUGGCCCAUAUUGGCAGUACGAAGCAAUUCCGUUCUCGAAGUUUAUCCAUACUGUGCGCAAUCGAAUUAUGGAUAAGCAAUAUCCAAUAAAAAAUAUUAACGUCAGCUCAUUAACUAUAAUGUUGACGGAUAGAAUUGAUGGAGAUUUUUCGCUUGAAAUUGAUUACAUUGGCGUGGUGCACGAUAGAAGUCAUGUAGAGGAACAUUCCUAUGAAUCUUAUCAUUUGCCAAUUUUGUUUACUGAGGGUAUUUAG